AUGGCGUGCAGGAAGACGCCGGUGGGCGUCGGUCUCCGGAGAGCGGGCCUGGAUGCGGGCAACGUGGGGCGGCAGCGACCAACCUCGUCAACCCAACCGUCCUCCACCACCAAGCGCUGGGAGAUCGAUCACGAACUGCCACUAGAUUGGUCGACAGACAACAUUUCGAGCACGGGCAUUGCACGGGGGCCGGAUCGACCAUGCGGCGUUGAUACUGGGCUAGCCCAGGCAGGCCACUCGCCAUCACUUCAAAAUCCCAAAACAUGGGGUUAG